CACUCUCCUUUAGUUCUCCUAGAGCCUCUUUGGAAGCAUGAUGCCACGAUGCUGCAUCUUGGUUCUUGUCUGGGCGAUAACAGUCUUCCUCUCCCAGUGUUCAAAAGGAACUACAGAUGCUCCUGUUGACUCAGGACCAUGGCUGUGCCAGCCGGCGCCCCGGUGUGGGAACAAGAUCUACAACCCUUCGGAGCAGUGCUGUUACGAUGACGCCAUCUUGUCCUUAGAGCAGACCCGUCGCUGUGGCUCCAACUGCACCUUCUGGCCCUGCUUUGAGCUCUGCUGUCCCGAGUCCUUUGGCCCCCAGCAGAAGUUUCUUGUGAAGCUGAAGGUUCUGGGCACAAAGUCUCAGUGUCACUCAUCUCCCAUCUCCCGGAGCUGUUAUCGGGUAAAGGCCCCUACCUUGCUCUUAACUAAAGGUGAAUUUUUAAUUCUAUCUGAAAUCAGUUAAGAUACCUUGACAAAAACUGCAAUGAGAGGAGGUGGAAUUUGUUUGGAUGAACGGAGGCAAGAUGGCGCACUUCCGGGUUCUUCAUCC